AUUAUUCUACUUGAAUACACGAAAACAUGGAAUCGUGUAUGAGAGGGACUUGCUCGUCGGCGUUGCAAUCUUCGCCAGCUUCUGUUUUCACUAUGCUGAUACAAACGUUGAUCGCAUCUCGUUGCGAAUUGAGCAAUACGAACGAAUAUCCCGGACCUGAGGGAUAUGACAUUUUAAAUUCAGGAAUAAAAUUCGAUUUUGUGAUCGUUGGCGGUGGAACCGCGGGUUCUAUUUUGGCUCGCAGAUUAACGGAAGUGGAGAAUUGGAAUGUUCUGUUAAUCGAAAGAGGAGUGGAUCCUUUUCCUGAAACCGUACCACCUGGCCUUUUCAACAAUAACUUGGGUGGACCGCAAGAUUAUUAUUACGCGAUCGAGCCCCAAGAAGGCAUCUGUCUGAGUGUCAAAGACAAACGAUGUAAAUGGUCUCGGGGCAAGGCUCUCGGGGGAAGCUCGGUGAUCAACGGGAUGAUACACAUCUUCGGGAAUCGAAGGGACUUCGACGGUUGGGCGAGUCAGGGAAAUCCUGGAUGGGACUUCGAGCAAGUGCUCCCCUACUUCAGAAAGUCCAUAAGCUGUUCGCCCGAGUACAUAGCCGAAAACGGCGACCAUUAUUGCGGAACGGACGGCCCCCUCCGAGUCAGAUACUACAAUUACACCGUGACGGACUUCGAGGAUGUCGUUCUGGAAGCGGCCCGGGAAGCUGGCCAUCCCAUUCUCAAAGCUGUGAACGGUCCCCGUUACCUAGGAUUCGGAAGAGUGUUGGGCACCCUGGACGAAGGAAGACGCCAAAGUUGCUCGAAAGCUUUCCUUACCCCCGUCAGAAACAGAAAGAACUUGUACGUGAUAACGUCGAGCAGGGCGGACAAGAUUCUGUUCGAGGGCGAGCGAGCUGUCGGCGUCCGAGUCACUUUGAGCAACAACGAGACGGUGGAAGUGAGAGCGACGAAGGAGGUGAUCCUCUCGACCGGAACUAUGGUCAGUCCACAGCUACUGAUACUCUCGGGGAUCGGGCCCAAGGAGCACUUGGAGGAACUGGGAAUACCCGUUCUGGUCGACCUGCCCGUUGGAAAGAAUCUUCAGGACCACGUGAUAUGGUUUGGCAUGUAUUACUCGUUCGUGAACGAGUCGGUGACGUCCGCCCCCACCGAGAGAGACCAAUUGAACAACGCUUACGACUACUUGGAAUUCGAUACAGGCCCGUUAACCACCCUCGCCAACGACCUGAUCGCGUUCAUCAAUCCUAUCGAUCCUACGUCCCCGUAUCAGGAAGUGCAAUUAUUGUUCUCCCAAGUUCAACGCUACGACACGAACGGGUUAAAGAGUCUGUUGCAUUCUUACGACGUGAACGACGAAAUUUUACGAAUAAUGAUUGACGAGGUGAUGAAGAAAAGCUUGAUCACCGUUUACGCCUCGUUGAUGAGACCUGAGAGCCGGGGCGAGAUCAAAUUGCGUAACGCCGACCCGGCCGAGCGGGUGAAGAUUUACUCGAAUUACCUCACCGUGGCCGACGAUUGGAAGAGAUUGACGAAAGCUCUGCCGACGUUGAGGAGUUUGUUGAACACGACGAUCUUUCAGAGGUAUAAGGCCAAGUUCCACACUUACGAUAUCCCCCAAUGUCGCCAUAUAACACCCGACACCGAGGAAUAUUACGAGUGUAACAUUAGACACGCCACUGGCACGAAUUAUCACGCGUGUUGCACGAACAGAAUGGGGCCAGCCAAUGAUUCGAGAACGGUUGUGGACGCCAGGUUGAGGGUGCAUGGCGUGACGAAUUUACGUGUGAUCGAUUCGUCGAUCAUGCCGAACAUCACUAGCGCGAAUAUCCAUGCGCCUACCAUGAUGAUCGCUGAGAAGGGAGCGGAUUUGAUUAAACAGGAUUGGGGUAUACGAGUAUAAAGGAUUGUAUUAAAAACGA